CGGUGCUCGCGCUGACGGCUGCGUUUCUUCCAGCGCUCGGGCGAGAAGGAGCAGACCCGUUGUGGAGCUAUCCAGGGGUUGCAGCCACAUCUGCAUCUCGCUCGCCAAGAGGGGCUCUGGGGCAGGUCUGAAACUUUCCCAGCCAUGAUACUCCUUGGACUCCUGUCUCUGCUUGUUUUGCAAAGUGAAGCCUUCAGCACCAGUUUUCCUGACGAAACCAUUGCAGAGUUUUCGGUGAAUGUUUACAACCAGCUGAGAGCUACAGGCGAAGAUGAAAAUAUUAUUUUCUCCCCGCUGGGAAUAGUAAUCGCCAUGGGAAUGGUGGAACUUGGAGCCCAUGGUUCCACCCUGAAAGAAAUCAGGCACUCCAUGGGAUAUGAAGGCUUGAAAAAUGGUGAAGAAUUUUCGUUCUUGAAGGACCUUUCUGACAUGGCCACCACUGAGGACAGCCAGUACGUGAUGAAGCUGGCCAAUUCCCUCUACGUGCAGAAGGGAUAUCACAUCAGUGACAAAUUUUUGCAGCUGAUGAAAAAAUACUUUAAAGCUGAAGUUGAAGAUGUAGAUUUCAGUCAAAACAUCGCCGUUGCCAGCCACAUCAAUAGAUGGGUGGAGAACCACACAAACAACAUGAUCAAAGAUUUUGUGUCAGCAAGGGAUUUCAGCGCACUUACUCACUUGGCCCUCAUCAAUGCAAUCUACUUUAAGGGAAAUUGGAAGUCUCAGUUCAGGCCAGAAAACACAAGAACGUUCUCCUUCACUAAAGAUGAUGAAAGUGAAGUGCAAAUUCCAAUGAUGUAUCAGCAGGGAGAAUUUUAUUACGGGGAAUUCAGCGAUGGUUCCAAUGAAGCCGGGGGCAUCUAUCAAGUUCUGGAAAUACCUUAUGAGGGGGAUGAGAUUAGUAUGAUGAUAGUACUUUCCAGGCAGGAAGUUCCACUAGCCACAUUGGAACCUCUGGUCAAAGCCCAGUUGAUCGAGGAAUGGGCAAGCUCUGUGAAGAAGCAGAAAGUGGAAGUGUAUCUGCCCAGAUUCUCAAUAGAACAGGAAAUCGAUCUGAAAGAUGUUUUGAAGGGCCUUGGAAUUACAGAAGCAUUCAGCCAAAAUGCUGAUCUCACUGCGAUGUCUGACAACAAAGAACUUUACCUUUCAAAAGCGGUUCACAAGUCUAUCCUCGAAGUUAAUGAAGAAGGCUCUGAAGCUGCGGCUGCCUCAGGAAUGAUCGCCAUUAGCAGAAUGGCAGUGCUAUAUCCACAGGUGAUCGUGGACCAUCCCUUUUUCUUUGUGGUUAGGAACAGAAGAACAGGUACCAUCUUUUUCAUAGGGAGAGUUAUGCACCCAGAAGUGAUGAAUACAAGUGCUCACGACUUUGAGGAACUUUAAUAUCUCCAGAGGCUCACACACAUACACACACCCCACACACAGAAAAUAAGCACACUGAGUUGCAAUUGAUGUAUUUAAGGUUUGCCGUGUGGUUCGUUUUCUCUCUCUCUCUCUCUCUCUCUCUCUCUCUCUCUCUCUCUCUCUCUUGCAAUGUUACCUUUGAGACACUAUUUAAAAAGAAAAGAAAAAAACAAACAACUUCCAGAUCUAACUUCAGCUAGCAAUUGCAGACCACGGUUAUGGAAGAAAAGCUUUCAGUAUUAAAGUGAAUGGUGUUGUCCUUGUGAUUUGUUGUCUUGGUCCUUUAAAAUAAAGACCGUAUCCAUGUCAA